CUGAUCUUCGUGUCUAUGUCUUUCCUGUUGACUGGUCAUAUUUUCUAGAGAAGACUCUUCACAUCUGCCUGGAAGCAAUGCAGCAAGUCUUGGAAAACCUCACGGAGCUGCCUUCAUCUACAGGAGCAGAAGAAAUUGACCUAAUUUUCCUCAAGGGGAUUAUGGAGAAUCCUAUUGUAAAAUCACUUGCCAAGGCUCAUGAGAGACUAGAAGAUUCAAAACUAGAAGCGGUCAGUGACAAUAACUUGGAAUUAGUCAAUGAAAUUCUUGAAGAUAUCACUCCUCUAAUAAAUGUGGAUGAAAAUGUGGCAGAACUGGUUGGUAUACUCAAAGAGCCUCACUUCCAG